CUUUGUUACGCCGGCUGCGCCGGCGGCCCGGCGGUGCAGACGCACAGACAGCUCGAAGGCGAGCAGUGGUCUGUAUUCGUUUGCGUGGUUGCUUUGACACUUUUGGCGUCCGCGGUAUUUCUCAGCUACCUACACGGUGGAAAUUCAGCACCGAUGCGCUGACAGCCUUGCACUGUAAUUGACUUUGCGGUGAGACGAGCGGCGUUUCGUGUAGUGCGUCGAGGCUGCUGCUGCGUAGAUCCGAGCGGAGAGAUGCCGCAGAUCAGCGUGACCCCGCUCGGGGCGGGACAGGACGUGGGCCGAAGCUGCAUCCUGCUCAGCAUCGGCGGCAAGAACAUCAUGCUCGACUGUGGAAUGCACAUGGGCUACAACGACGAGCGCAGGUUCCCGGACUUCUCGUACGUGACGCAGGAAGGCCCCCUGAACGAUCACUUGGACUGCCUCAUCAUCAGCCACUUUCACCUGGAUCACUGCGGCGCGCUACCCUACAUGACCGAGAUGGUGGGCUACGCGGGCCCUGUCUACAUGACGCACCCGACCAAGGCCAUCUGCCCAAUCCUGCUCGAGGACUUCCGCAAGAUCACGGUGGACCGCAAGGGCGAGACCAACUUUUUCACCUCCCAGAUGAUCAAGGACUGCAUGAAGAAAGUUGUGGCCGUCAACCUCCACCAGACCGUCCAGGUGGACGACGAACUGGAGAUCAAGGCGUACUACGCGGGCCACGUACUGGGAGCCGCCAUGUUCCACAUCCGAGUCGGCUCCCAGUCCGUCGUGUACACGGGCGACUACAACAUGACGCCCGACCGGCACCUCGGUGCGGCCUGGAUCGACAAGUGCCGGCCGGACCUGCUCAUCACCGAGUCCACCUACGCCACCACCAUCCGGGACUCGAAGCGCUGCCGGGAGCGCGACUUCCUCACCAAGGUGCAUGACUGCAUCGACAAAGGCGGCAAGGUGCUCAUUCCGGUGUUCGCCCUUGGACGGGCCCAGGAGCUCUGCAUCUUGCUCGAGACCUACUGGGACCGCAUGAACCUCAAAGUGCCCAUCUACUUUGCGGUGGGCCUCACGGAGAAGGCCACCAACUACUACAAGAUGUUCAUCACGUGGACCAAUCAGAAGAUCAGAAAGACGUUCGUUCAGCGCAACAUGUUCGACUUCAAGCACAUCAAGCCCUUCGACAGGGCCUUCAUAGACAACCCGGGCCCAAUGGUGGUAUUUGCUACCCCUGGCAUGCUUCAUGCGGGACUGUCACUUCAGAUUUUCAAAAAGUGGGCUCCGGUGGAAGGAAACAUGGUCAUCAUGCCUGGCUAUUGCGUCGCCGGCACCGUGGGCCACAAGAUCCUCAGUGGUGCACGUAAGGUGGAACUAGACAACCGCCAGGUAGUGGAGGUGAAGAUGUCUGUGCAAUACAUGUCAUUUAGUGCACACGCAGAUGCCAAGGGCAUCAUGCAGCUCAUCCACCAGUGUGAGCCCAGUAACGUGCUUCUGGUACACGGCGAAGCCAGCAAAAUGGAGUUCCUGCGCAAGAAGGUGUUGCAGGAGUUCAACAUUGACUGCUACAUGCCAGCCAACGGAGAGACGGUCCAAAUUGAUACGCCAGAUAUCAUACCCAUUGAUGUGUCAUUGCCCUUGCUUAAGCGAGCUUUGAGUCAGGGGGGCUCAGACUCCAAGAAGCCCAAAUUGAUUCACGGUGCCCUCAUCAUGCAGGACAACACGAUCAGACUCAUGGAUUCUGGACAGGCAAUGCAGGAGCUGGGAGUUGUGGGACACCAGAUACGCUUCACCACUACGGUCAGUGUGUCAUCCAGGGGAUCGCUGACCAAGACAGCAGACGCCAUCUAUGGAAACAUCAAGAACAAGAUUAAGGAUCCGAGCAUUCAGCUGCUGCCAGAUGGCUCAAUAUCUGUGGCCUCUGCCCUCAUCAAGGUUGGCGGGCAGGAAGACGAGUCGAAUAAGGCCAUCUGCGUGUCUUGGACUCUUCAAGAUGAGGAGCUGGGUAGCUACCUUUUGGGGUUGGUUCAGGAGAUGAGGCAUUCCCUGUGAUUGUACCUACAGUUGUGAGUGAUCGAAAUACAGAAGCUUGUGACCGAUUCACUGCUCUCCAGCGACCAUGAAAACUGGGGCCGGUGCACGCACUGGUUCCAAGAGUACAACUCAUCAACAUACAGAUGUGCGGCCCUCGCAUUUCCUGGUUAAACUUAAUACAACAAAGACAUCGGCCUGCAAUUACAACUGCGGCUCCCUACCGGAUGUUUACAGGGUCAUUCACGAUAUGUGGUGACUGGUGGGCUCUCGCUUCUUAUGCGUCACUUCAUACUAAAUGCCACGACCUGCAUAAGUGGUGAAACGUCUAUAUUUUUCUUGAUGUCUUCGUUGAGUUAAGUUUGAGGAAAUGUUUUUAAUUAUG